CCCAAAUUCCCUUCCUCUCCCAGGCCUGACGGGCUCCGCAGCCCCAACUCCAUGUCCAGGGGCCCCAAGCCCCCCAUCGCGCCGAAGCCCAGGCUGGCCGCCCCCAGCGAGUGGCGAGCCAGCGUGUACGUGAACAACAGCCUCAAAUGCAGCAACGGGGCGCUGCUCUGCGGCGACAGGGGGCCCUGCGGGGGGCCCCGGUCCAGCCUGGAGUGCUCGGAGUCGGAGACGGACGAGGACUACAUCGUGGUCCCCACGAGAGAGGAGCCCAAGGACUGGGCCCAUGUGGAGAACGCAUUCGCGGUGGCUCCAGCAGUGCCCGGGACAGAUGGCCAGGAGGAGGAAGGCGAGGUGUGUGGGGCAGAGGGGACAGGAGCCGGUGAGGACCCGGCAGCCCCGGCUGGCCCAGCCGAAGAGGCGCUGAGCGGAGAAGGCGAGGGUGGCGAAGGCGACAGCCCUGAAACUGGGGAGGAGGAGGAUUGUGACAAUGACACAGGGACAGAGGAGCAGGCGUCCACGAGCGAGGAGGAGGAGAAGCUGGUGAAGGAGAACAACGCCUACAACCUGGGGGACCGGGGCGCCUGGGACGGGGAGGCCAUCCUUCAGAGGGACAUCAUUCUCACUCACGUUGACCCAGAGGAUCCUGCAGCUCCUGGAGAGGAGCCCCACUCGCCCGACACCCCCGGGGAGCUGGAGGAGGGUGAUGAGGCAGGCCAUGACAGUGCAGAGCUAGGAGGGUUGGAUGAGACCGUGGAGUCCGACAGCCCCUCUGAGGAUACUGGGCAGGCCCCCGAGGGUGCCAGCCAGGAGCCCGCCGAGAGUGAGGGGCUGGCCCCAGGUCUGCAGGAGGUCGAUGUGGCCACGGACAGCCCUGAGGUUUCCGAGGAGGACCCCGCAGGCCGUGGGGAUGGCGUUGGCCAGGAGGAACCCCCUGAGCGUGACGAAGAGGCCGGCCAGGAGGCAGAGGGAGACCCUGCGGGGGGUGAGGACAGCGUGCAGGACGAGCCCGUCGAGGACAGCUGCCACAUCAUUCCCUUUGAGAGUGAUGGCCUGGACGACCUCGUGCCCCCGCUUACAGGCAGCCCCUACUCCUUCUUCCCCACCGAGAGCACCUCUUUCUGCAGCGAGAACACUUCUCUUUCCGAGUCUGCCGAGGGCUUAGAGUCAGAGCCAGCACUGUGCUCAGAGGUCGGUGUAGAGGAGGCCGCCAUGGCCGGGACUCAGGGCAGCCCUGCGGAGGGCCCAUCUGUCCCCGAUGUGGUGGUCGUGCCUGAGGAUGAGGGCACCGUCGACGACUCGCUCACCAAUCCCUACGUGAUGGCCGUUGGCCUGCCGGGCCCGGCUGACCCCAGGGAAGGAGGGCCCGCUGAGACCCAGGCCACGCUGGACCCACAGAGCAGUCACAGCACGGAGGAAGAUGUGGGCUCCGAUGGCGAGGGUGGCCUGGCCUCUGCAGACAGGAGGGCCGUCAUCCCCAGGGCCCGGCCCCACUCAGGGAAGAUGACCGGCUGCGUCCCAGAAACCGUCCCCGAAGAAGCGGGACCAGAAGCUGGCUCAUCCGCCGUCGGCCUUGGAGGUGGCUUGGAGGAGGCGAGAAGGACGGGGCUGUCACUGGAGGGGAAGGCCCUGGAGGCCAGCAGGGUCCUGCCGGCCAAGCCCAGAGCCUUCACGCUGUACCCCCGGUCCUUCUCCGUGGAAGGCCGAGAGGUCCCGGUUUCCUUGUUCCGGGACCCCGAGGGCCCUGGGUUCGAGGACCACCGGAUCAAGAGGAAUGAGGACAACCUCUCCCUGCCCUGCAUGGUCAGCUCUUCUGGAAGCUUCUCCCAGAGAAACCACCUCCCGUCCAGCGGCACCUCCACCCCGUCCUCCAUGGUCGACAUCCCCCCUCCUUUCGACCUGGCCUGCAUCACCAAAAGACCCAUCACCAAGAGCUCCCCGUCGCUCCUGAUCGAGGGCAGCUCCCCCGACAAACACACCAAGAAGAAGAAGUCGUCCUUCAAGCGCUUCCUGGCGCUGACCUUCAAGAAGAAGACCGAGACCAAGGUGCACGUGGACGUCAGCCUGUCGUCCUCACGGUCCUCGUCGGAAUCCAGCUACCACGGGCCGUCCAGGAUCCUGGAACUGGACCGCCGGAGCCUCAGCAACUCCCCCCAGCUCAAGUCUCGGACCGGGAAGCUCCGGGCUUCUGAAUCCCCAUCCUCCCUCAUCUUCUACCGGGAUGGCAAGAGGAGGGGCGUCCCUUUCAGAGUGGAGUCCUUCGAGGACCGCUCCCGGCCACCCUUCCUGUCCUUGCCGCUGACCAAGCCACGGUCCAUCUCGUUCCCCAACGCGGACACUUCGGAUUACGAGAACAUUCCGGCCAUGAACUCGGACUACGAGAACAUCCAGAUCCCGCCCCGGAGGCCCGCCAGGGGCAGCACGUUCACGAAGCUGUUCGAGGACCAGAGCAGGGCCCUGUCCACGGCCAACGAGAACGACGGCUACGUGGACAUGAGCAGCUUCAACGCCUUCGAGAGCAAACCGCCGAGCGUGGACCAAGAGGCAGAGAGCGCCUACACGGAGCCCUACAAGGUCUGUCCCAUCUCGGCGCUGGCCCCCAGAGAGGACCUCACGUCGGACGAAGAGCAGGGGAGCUCGGAGGAGGAGGACGGUGCUGCCAGAGACCCCAGCCUCCCCCACAAGGUGGAAGGACAGUCCAGAGCCCUGGUCAUCGCUCAGGAGCUGCUGUCCUCGGAGAAAACAUACGUGGAGACACUCCAGCGCUUACACGUGGAUUUCUACGGAGCCGUUCUGCGGGCCUUGGAUGACGUGGACCAAGAGGGCAGGGACGCGUUGGCCCGGGAGGAGCUGCGGCAGGCCGGGGCCAUCCUGGAGCUGCACCAGGGCAUCGCGGCCGAGCUGGAGGAGAGGCUGUCCAACUGGGAGGGCCAGCAGAAAGUGGCCGAUGUCUUCCUGGCCCGGGAGCAGGACUUCGACCACCACGCCGCACACAUCUUGCAGUUCGACCGCUGCCUGGGGCUGCUGGCCGAGAACUGCCUCCAGUCGACGCGUCUCUCCUCCUUCUCUCGAGAGCAGCAGAGCACGCCAGGCGGCGGCCAGAACGUGAAACACCGGCUCCUGAGGGUGGUGCAGCGGCUCUUCCAGUACCAAGUGCUCCUCACAGACUACUUAAAUAACCUUUGCCCGGACUCGGCCGAGUACGACCACACACAGGGUGUCCUGACCCUCAUCUCUAAAGUCACCGACCGUGCCAACGACAGCAUGGAGCAAGGGGAGAACCUGCAGAAACUGGUCCACAUCGAGCACAGCGUUCGGGGUCAAGGGGACCUCCUCCAGCCGGGAAGGGAGUUCCUGAAGGAAGGGACGCUGAUGAAGGUAACGGGGAAGAACCGACGCCCCCGCCACCUGUUCCUGAUGACCGACGUGCUCCUCUACACCUAUCCCCAGAAGGAUGGGAAGUACCGGCUGAAGAGCGCGUUGGCCGUGGCCGGCAUGAAGGUCAGCCGACCCGUGAUGGAGAAAGUGCCCUACGCCCUCCGGAUCGAGACCGCCGAGAGCAGCUUGACGCUGUCUGCGAGCUCCUGCGCCGAGAGGGACGAGUGGUACAGCUGUCUGAGCAGAGCCCUGCCCGAGGACUACAAGGCCCAGGCGCUGGCCGCCUUCCACCACAGCGUGGAGAUGCGGGAGAGGCUGGGUGUGAGCCUGGGCGAGCGGCCCCCCACGCUGGUGCCCGUCGCACACGUCAUGAUGUGCAUGAACUGCGGCUGUGACUUCUCCCUCGCCCUGCGGCGCCAUCACUGUCAUGCCUGUGGCAAGAUCGUGUGCCGGAACUGUUCACGAAACAAGUACCCCCUGAAGUACCUCAAGGACCGGAUGGCCAAGGUGUGCGAUGGCUGCUUUGCAGAGCUGAAGAAGAGGGGCGGGGCCGUCCCGGGAGUGCUGCGGGAGCGGCCCGUGAGCAUGAGCUUCCCCCUGUCCUCGGCCCGCUUCUCGGGCAGCGCCUUCUCCUCCGUCUUCCACAGCAUCCACCCCUCCACCUUCAAGAAGCAGAAGAAAGUCCCUUCGGCCCUGACCGAGGUGGCCGCCUCCGGAGAGGGCUGCACCAUCAGUGGCCAUCUCAGCCGGUGUAAGAAGGGGAAGCGGCCCUGGAAGAAGCUCUGGUUUGUCAUCAAAGGCAAAGUGCUCUACACCUACGCGGCCAGCGAGGACAAGGUGGCCAUGGAGAGUAUGCCUCUGCUAGGUUUCACCAUUGCCCCAGAGAAGGGAGAGGGCAGCAGCGAAGUAGGACCUACUUUUCACCUUUACCACAAGAAAACCCUGUUUUAUAGCUUCAAAGCAGAGGAUCCCAGUGCGGCUCAGAGGUGGAUUGAGGCCAUGGAAGAUGCAAGCGUGUUAUAGCAGUUAUCAAGCAUGUGGACUCGGAAUAAACUCUUAGGUCAAUACGUGAAUCCUUUCAAAGCUCAUCCACGCCUCAGCUCGUCCGGACACACCUCUGGAUUCAGCGUGGGGCUCGGCCUUCUGUGCUGAAACCCCCACUCCCCAGCGCCUUCACAAGUGGAACCCUGACAGAAUAUUUAUGGUCCUCCCCUUUCUGUCUCUGUGUUUCCACCCGUCCUAAACUUUCCUUACCCAGCGAGCGAAUUUCCUAACACGAAGAUGGGGAAAUCCAUAGAAAAGGACACGUAGAAAUGCAGGCUUUUUAGUAGAACAAGCUUCCCUGGUUUUGACUCACGGUAAGUGUGAUCACGUUUCCUGACGACCUGGGCGCCUCGGGUGCAAUGAGCAACAGCCAGGAAGUACCAGCUCCUCUCAUCAAAAGCACUUUAUCAGUUCCUGACUGCAACCUCCAGUAGAAUGCUUCCCGAGUGAUCGGCGGUAACCGCGGAGUCCUGCAGCCCCGUCUGCCCGGUCCCCUAACGAGGGUGUAGACAUCUGCUGGGCAGACCUGGCCGUGGCUUUCCAGCGUGAGGACAAUGGAGGGGCCGUGCUCCCUGCCUGGGAAGGGGAGGACGCUCUCCAGUGGAUCAAGUGACCUGCCUGCUGACGUGACCUACUCCAGGAGGAGCUGCCUCGCCCCCUGGUCAUCCUCAACACGACACCCAUGCUGGAAAACGCAACUGCUGGCAGACCCGAUCCCGGGAGGCCACCGCAGCCCCUCUGGAGCCGGGGCUCUGCUUUUAUUUAUUUUUGUGUGCCUUCCUGUGUUGACCCCACUCGAGCUGACACCGUAUGCUUAUGGGAACUUGUCCUCAUGUUAGACACACGGUCACCCUGGGCUAUGUUACCAACGCCUUUAUAUUUUUCUGAGAGAGAACAAGAGACAAGCAGGUGGACUUGUCUCGGCAGACGGCUCUGGAUAUAGGCAGGGAGCACAGUAUCUCUGGGCACCUGGGUGAGGUCACCUCCUGCGGAUGACCGCUGCUCGUGAUGUUGGAAGUCUUUCCAUAAAGCUGGGGGUAGGUGGGGUGGGACUCCUUGUCACUGUCAUUGCAAUAAAAAACAAUCCUGUCAUUUCCUGA